AUGCCCUCAGCGCUUAGACCAAUUGCAGCAAGGAAUUAUUUAGCCGCAAGGCACAGAAUACAGAAGGCCGUGACCGCGGUGACGUCAGAGGCUGACUCAGACGCACUCUCGCAUUGGCCCAGAUUCGCCGCCGCAGUACCCCAUUUACAUCACAGUAGCCCUCUAGAUCGUGAGGGCAUGUUAUCCAUUCGGUUACCGAACCACUUUCGGCUGCUCAGGGUGAUCAUUGCAGCUACUGAAUCAUCCUUGGGAAUUACAUCCGGCUUUGCACUGCUUAGCGAAGUUUUUAUUUUACCUUGCUCUCAAAGAUUGAGGCGUGUUAGCAGCCUCCGGUUCCGGUAUGAGUCAGCUGUUACGAACGGAUAUAUCUUCCGGAAGCUGGUCGAGUUCAGAUCCGUUUUCCACAAGGAUCAAGAAAAGCCUGAGGCAGGUUUAUGUCUUAACUUCGUGGCAUGCUGGACAUUCCGAAAUGACUCCGUGACGAAAAGUGACCAAUAUGAAAGGACGCCAGGUAAUCGGGAGUUGCACUUUCGGUCUAGAUUAGAAAGGCAGCGGAAGUUGAGCAAACUGAACCACGGUACUGCAUGGUCAGUACUACGUCACGCUUUGACCCCUUGCAAAUCGGACUUGGUCGAGUCACACCUAUUAGGUUUUGUGGUUAUCUGGAGAUAA